GACCGGUGAUGAACUUCUUGGCAGCAGAGGAGAAAUAAGUCGCUCUUGUGACCACGGUUCACAUGAUAGGGAGGAAGAAGAACGCGACAGCAUUGGCGAAGCCAUGUGGAGCGCACUGUUGCAGCUUGUUGCUGAAGGACCUGGCGAAUCUCGCAUGGGUGAGAGACAUCGUAAAGACGGCGAACACCAUCGUCAAGUUCAUAAAGAACCAUCAUGCAACCAAUGGUCUGAUGAUGACCAUUGAUUACUCCUUGACAUUGCGGCGACCGACUGAGGUCCGGUUUGGGUCAGUGUACCAGAUGUUGCAGAGGGUAUUGAAUAGGGAGCACGUGUUGAGCGAGAUGGUGGAUGGGAAGUUUGCUGCGAGGUGGAGGUCGUUGAGGUGGUCAGGAGAAAAGUUGCAAAGAAAGGCUGACCUUGUGUACUUCACACUGCGGUCCGAGACUUGGUGGGCGGAUGUCAAGAAAAUUGUGGCAAUCAUGGAGCCGGUGUACAGUCUGCUGAAAAGGAUGGACAAGGAAGGAGUCAGUCCCACCAACCUCGUAGAGUUCGACGAAAUGAUUGCAAGAAAAUUGCCAAAUGUCGUGCUCACGAAGACGGAGAGGGAGGACGUUAUGGCUAAGGUGACCGAUCGCGUGCAGAUGAUGAGACAGCCCGCACACGCAGCUGCCUUUCUUCUUGAUCUCCGAAGGAGAGACCCCGGUUGGCUGAACGAUCCGGACAGCGCCCUCGUGCAAAAUGCAAUGCGUUUCUUGAUGAGGCAGAUUGGACACGAGUGGAAUUUGAAGAAGCACGUUGACAUGUGGGAUCAGCUGUGGGAGUUCUUGAGAGAGCCUGUGGAAGGAAAAGUCCGGAAAAAUGAGAAGAUAUGGACAGAUUGUGCAAGGGAAGGAGCAACGAAAUGUGCACCUCAAGACUGGUGGGGAUUACACGGUGGAGAUGUCCGGGACUUGCAGAAGAUUGCCAUGAGAGUGUUGGGAAUGUGGAGCACAACCACACCUGCAGAGCGCAAUUGGGCAUCGAUGGACUUCGUCCAUUCGAAGCGGAGAAACAGCCUCUCGCCGGAGUCGUUGGAGAAUCUUGUCUACAUUCACUGGAACAUGCAACUGUUGCGCGUUCCAGACAGCAAGGAGAGUGACUACGUUGACAUGUGGGGGUCCUUCUUCGAGCCUUUGAUGGAGCUGACGCCAGAAGAGCAGCCUGUUGAGGAGGGCACGCUGGACAAGACUGCGGACAAUGUGGACGAGGAAAAGAGGCAACGGAGAUUGGUAAAGGCUCCUAAAGGACGUGUUCCAAAAGGACUUGAGGAUGAUGACUCCAGCGGGAGCAGAGACUUCGAGGAAGGAUCCCUGCUUCUGGCAGCAAUCUUGCCUGCAAGCCCAUACCAGCAACUUGAUCACAAAAUGUGCACGACCAUUCUGUCCUUUCGAAAGAAACCCGACCGGGGACCGGGCUUUUACAAACUUAAUACCUGUAUCCUCCAACAGAAAACCUUUCAAAGUUAUAUCACAGACUGCUGGAAGUAUUGGCACAUGCAGAAGCAACACUUAUAGCAGGCAGUCGAUUGGUUUAACAACGGACUUUUUUACCUAGGUAAGAAAUCUCAAGAAUAUUUUAGAUUGUCA